AUGGCGGCGCUGGUGGAGGUGGCGGGGCCGGGGGAGAUGCCGCCGGCACCGGUGCGGUCGCCGGCGACGGCGGCGCGGGUGGGGCCGGCGGUGCCGGCGGAGAUGUUUACAGUGACCAACACCCCCAAGCCGCCCUGCCACGGCUGGGGCUGCCUGCCAACCUGCGACACUUGCAACACCACCGUCCCCGCCGAGGACCGCGUGGUAACGCGGCAGCAUGGCAUUUACUACUACUCCGCCCCGUGCUGGUGGAAGCCCUACAUCUCCGGCUACCUGGACCAGUGCACCGUCUUCCACACCACCGGCUACCGCUCGCCCAGCCUGUGCAGCGACGGCCACUGCUACAUCCAGAUCAAGCUGCCCCACACCCACUGCCCCGUGUGGGUCAUUGACCGCGACUGCGGCGCCGGCAAGGAGCCCACCACACACAAGGCCUGGUCUGGCUGGGACAACGCCUGCCAGGGAGGCCACACCGAUGACAAGACUACCCACCCCGUUGACUGGGGCAGCGACACCGAUUGGGGCCACGACAACUGGGGUGGCAGUGGCGGGGAUGGCGGUGCGGGCGGCAACGGCGGGCAUGGCGGAGACGGCUGGGGCGGCGGCUCCACGGCUGGGGAUGGUGGCCCAGGGGGUGAUGGCGGGUCUGGCGGCGAUGCCUGGGGCGGCGGCUCCACAGCUGGGGAUGGUGGCCCAGGGGGCGACGGCGGGUCUGGCGGCGACGCCUGGGGCGAUGACUCCACUGCCGGCGAUGGUGGCCCGGGCGGUGACGGCGGGUCUGGCGGCGAUGCCUGGGGCGAUGACUCCACAGCUGGGGAUGGUGGCCCAGGCGGUGACGGCGGGUCUGGCGGCGAUGCCUGGGGCGAUGACUCUACUGCCGGCGAUGGUGGCCCGGGCGGUGACGGCGGGUCUGGCGGCGAUGCCUGGGGCGAUGACUCCACUGCCGGCGAUGGUGGCCCGGGCGGUGAUGGCGGGUCUGGCGGCGAUGCCUGGGGCGAUGACUCCACUGCCGGCGAUGGUGGCCCGGGCGGUGAUGGCGGGUCUGGCGGCGACGCCUGGGGCGAUGACUCCACUGCCGGCGAUGGUGGCCCGGGCGGUGAUGGCGGGUCUGGCGGCGACGCCUGGGGCGACGACUCCACAGCUGGGGAUGGUGGCCCGGGCGGUGACGGCGGGUCUGGCGGCGACGCCUCUGGCAACAACGCCGAUGCGGGCGAUGGUGGCGCCGGUGGCGAUGGCGGGACUGGCGGGGAUGCCGAAGGCGACAACGCCGAUGCGGGCGAUGGUGGCGCCGGUGGCGAUGGCGGGACUGGCGGGGAUGCCGAAGGCGACAACGCCGAUGCGGGCGAUGGUGGUGUCGGUGGCGAUGGCGGCGCAGGGGGCGAUGCCGAAGGCGACAAUGCCGAUGCGGGCGAUGGCGGCGCCGGUGGCGAUGGCGGGACUGGCGGGGAUGCCGAAGGCGAUGGCGCAACUGCUGGCGAUGGCGGCGCGGGUGGCGCCGGCGGCGACGGCGGAAACGCUACCGGCCGCAAGCUGAGGCUGAGGCGCCUCCUGAUGUGA